AUGAAGGCCGGUCUCUUUGCUUUGGCGCCCCUCGCGGUGGCCGCUGCGCCGACGGUGGAAAGCCGCCAGGCGGAGCAGAGCGUCAACACGCUGUUCCAGGCCAAGGGCAAGCACUACUUCGGUACUUGCGCCGAUCAGGGCCGCCUCACGACGGGCCAGAACGCGGCCAUCAUCGAGGCCAACUUCGGCCAGGUCACCCCCGAGAACAGCAUGAAGUGGGAGAGCAUCAACCCCAGCCAGGGCCAGUACAACUGGGGCCAGGCCGACUACCUCGUCAACUGGGCCACUGAGCGCAACAUCACCAUCCGCGGCCACACUUUUGUCUGGCACUCCCAGCUCGCCGGCUGGGUGUCGCAGAUCAACGACAAGGCAACGCUCACCACUGCCAUUGAGGAGCACAUCACCACCGUCAUGACUCGCUACCAGGGCAAGAUCUACGGCUAUGACGUGAUCAACGAGAUGUUCAACGAAGACGGCUCCCUCCGCCAGUCCGUCUUCUCCAACGUCCUCGGCGAGGACUUCGUCGCGAUCGCCUUCAACGCGGCCCGCGCAGCCGACGCCAACGCCAAGUUGUACAUCAACGACUACAACCUGGACAGCGCCAGCGCGGCCAAGCUGACGACGGGCAUGGUCGACCACGUCAAGAAGUGGCUGGCCGCCGGCACUCCCAUCGACGGUAUCGGCACCCAGGGCCAUCUGCAGUCCGGCCAGGGCUCUGGGCUCGCUGGCGCUAUCAAGGCGCUUGCUGCGUCGGGUGUGAGCGAGGUUGCUGUUACUGAGCUGGAUAUCCAGGGUGAUAACACCAACGACUACACUGCUGUUACCCAGGGCUGCUUGGACGAGGAGAAGUGCGUUGGUAUCACCGUCUGGGGUGUGCGCGACCCUGACUCGUGGCGUCCCCAGGGCAACCCCCUUCUCUUUGACAGCAACUACAGCCCCAAGGCCAACUACGACGCCAUCGUCCAGCUUCUGUCUUCGUAA